GGCCAAGCUCCGGCUCUUCCCUUGAAGUUAUUCCAACUCCAAACCAAUUCUUUCCAUUUACUCUGCGCUUUAUUUCCUGACAUCAAUUGUCCCAGGCAAGAUGCAGGCUUUCUCCAGAUGUGCCAGACCGGCUCUGCAAGCUGCUGUGCGAAGACAGGGCUAUUCCACCUCGACCUCUGCAUACGCUGCGACUGCUGAGAACCUUCGCAUUAACAGCGACACCAAGGUCAUUUACCAGGGCUUCACAGGAAAGCAGGGAACAUUCCACGCGCAACAAGCAAUUGAGUACGGCACACAAGUGGUUGGUGGAACAAAUCCUAAGAAGGCUGGACAAACACAUCUGGGUCUCCCUGUCUUUGCAAAUGUUGCAGAUGCUGUGAAGCAAGCUGGAGCUACUGCUUCAGCCAUCUUCGUCCCACCUCCUCUUGCAGCUGCCGGUAUCGAAGAGGCCAUUGCUGCCGAGAUUCCUCUGGUCGUUUGCAUCACGGAGGGUAUUCCCCAGCAUGACAUGGUCCGAAUCACAGACAUCUUGAAGACACAAGGAAAGACACGUUUGGUAGGACCUAACUGCCCAGGUCUUAUUGCUCCAGGGCAAUGCAAAAUUGGUAUCAUGCCAGGAUUCAUCCACAAGCGCGGUCGUAUCGGUAUCGUGUCUCGUUCCGGGACUUUGACAUACGAGGCUGUCAAUCAAACUACACAAACUGGCCUGGGACAAUCGCUCGUCGUUGGAAUUGGUGGUGAUCCAUUCUCUGGAACCAACUUCAUCGAUUGCUUGAAGGUGUUCUUGGAGGACGAGGAGACUGAUGGUAUCAUUAUGAUUGGUGAGAUUGGAGGAUCUGCUGAGGAGGAUGCUGCCGAGUUCUUGAAGGAGUACAACACUGCCAACAAGCCUGUUGUCAGUUUUAUUGCUGGUAUCUCUGCACCACCCGGACGAAGAAUGGGUCACGCUGGUAAGUUCAGCUCGAUUGUGUCUUUCUAUUUCUGUUAUAUUGACUUCUCGUAGGUGCCAUUGUCAGCGGUGGUAAGGGAGGAGCUGAUUCCAAGAUUGCUGCCCUUGAGGCUGCUGGUGUUAUUGUUGAGCGAAGCCCAGCAAUGCUUGGAAAGACCCUGCAUGGAGAGUUUGUACGACGUGACUUGAUUUAAGGAUACCUUGUGAAUUAGAUGAUGGGGAAGGCACAUGGAGCGUUAAUGCAUUUUCUUUCAUGUGUUUUAUGGACAAUACCUCGUUCCUGUACAGCUAGUAAAUAACCCCUGAUAUGCCAUAGAUUUCUUUUCAAUGAGUGAGGUGAGGACAAGGCAGCCAGACCCGAAUGUAUUGAUUGCAAUCCCCGAUUGAGUUGUGUAUAGAUUAUUCCACAUCAUUAACGUGUGUCAGCAACAGGACGUAAUGAUCUGAUCCAUAGUAGAGGUUGAAUCGAAAAGUGUCAGCCUCGUAUCGUAGCCUGCACUGUCUUGCCCCUGACAGGUCUGGUUCCAGGAGAGCUUGGCAUCUCCCGGCUGGGACAUUUCAAAGCUCCCCCA